AUGGCAUUGGAGAUCACGCACAUGAAGGAAGAUGAGAUCGAUGACUGGAACAAAGUGUCCUGGGAUGCUUUUGCUGCAGCAGAGGAUAACCUGUCAAGUCUGAUCUACCCUGGAGGACUAACAGAACGCACACAAGCAUACAUGCGUGAGCGCACUCGUGACAGCUUAUCCGAUCCUUCCUACUCUUACGUCUUUGUACGUGACAGCAGCACCAAACAAGUCUUGGGCGCCGCAUGCUGGUACUUCCAGACCAAAGACUUGAGCAUGCAAGAAGUGGUGGACAAGGAAGAAAGAGCGAGGCAGGAAAGGGCGGAGCAGGAGCCCAUCCCCGGCAUCAACUUUUCAGCAAUCAGCGACUUCCGCGAAGCACAGGCAAGGAGCAAGCAAGACAUCUUGGGCGGCAAGGCACAUGCAUUGUUGAAGGUACUUGCGACACUACCGACAGCUCAGCGAAAGGGAGCGGGCGCUGCUGGGUUGAUCUGGGGCUUGCAGCAGGCGGACGAGUUGGGACUGCCAGCGUAUCUUGAGGCCUCAGGCAUGGGCAGGCCACUGUAUGCUAAGCAUGGGUUCAAAGAGGUGAGUGCGGUCGAUCGAGUCGGGGAGGCGCGAGCUGACGCCGGGAUNAUUCAGGUGUGUGAGCUGCCACUGGACACCAGCAAGCAUGGCCAUUCGAACAAGUGCACGCAUUGGUGCAUGCUCAGGGUUGCAAGGCGUCUAAAUCAGUGA